CCGGCCAAGUGAGGCGGUGAUGCGGGCGCUGGCGGCCCCGGCUGCGCCGAGAGCGGAGACACAGGCUCAAGAUGGCAGAUUCCGACUGAGGCUGGGGGGGCCGAGCUCGCGCGCCGCGAUCCCUUCUCCGUUGCCAUGAAUCGCGGACACCCCGGCCCCGAUGGCCCCCGUGUACGAAGGUAUGGCCUCACAUGUGCAAGUUUUCUCCCCUCACACCCUUCAAUCAAGUGCCUUCUGUAGCGUGAAGAAACUGAAAGUAGAGCCGAGCUCCAACUGGGACAUGACCGGGUACGGCUCCCACAGCAAAGUGUACGGCCCGAGCAAGAACGCGCCACCGUCCCAGCCAGCCGCCGCGACCGUCAGCGCCUCCCUGCCCAUCCCCAACCCCAGCCUCCCGUACGAGCAGACCAUCAUCUUCCCAGGAAGCACCGGGCACAUCGUCGUGACCUCAGCCAGCAGCACUUCCGUCUCCGGGCCCGUCCUCGGCGGACCGCACAACCUCAUGCGUCGCAGCACUGUGAGCCUUCUUGACACCUACCAAAAAUGCGGACUCAAGCGGAAGAGUGAGGAGAUCGAGAACACGAGCAGCGUGCAGAUCAUCGAAGAGCACCCACCCAUGAUCCAGAACAAUGCGAGCGGGGCCACCGUAGCCACUGCCACCACCUCGACUGCCACCUCCAAAAACAGCGGCUCCAACAGCGAGGGGGAUUACCAGCUGGUCCAGCACGAGGUGCUGUGCUCCAUGACCAACACCUACGAGGUCUUAGAGUUCCUGGGCCGAGGGACGUUCGGGCAGGUGGUCAAGUGCUGGAAGCGGGGCACCAACGAGAUCGUGGCCAUCAAGAUCCUGAAGAACCACCCGUCGUACGCCCGCCAAGGCCAGAUCGAGGUGAGCAUCCUGGCGCGUCUGAGCACAGAGAGCGCCGACGACUACAACUUCGUCCGCGCCUACGAGUGCUUCCAGCACAAGAACCACACGUGCUUGGUGUUCGAGAUGCUGGAGCAGAACCUCUAUGACUUUCUGAAGCAGAACAAGUUCAGCCCCUUGCCCCUCAAGUACAUUCGCCCGGUCCUCCAGCAGGUCGCCACCGCCCUGAUGAAACUGAAAAGUCUAGGUCUUAUCCAUGCCGACCUCAAACCGGAGAACAUCAUGUUGGUGGAUCCAUCCAGACAGCCGUACAGGGUGAAGGUCAUCGACUUCGGUUCCGCCAGUCACGUGUCCAAGGCUGUGUGCUCCACCUACCUACAGUCUAGAUAUUACAGGGCCCCUGAGAUCAUCCUGGGUUUACCAUUUUGUGAGGCAAUUGAUAUGUGGUCUUUGGGCUGCGUCAUCGCAGAGCUGUUCCUGGGCUGGCCGCUGUAUCCAGGAGCUUCAGAGUACGAUCAGAUCCGGUAUAUUUCACAAACACAGGGUUUGCCAGCAGAAUAUUUAUUAAGCGCAGGGACAAAGACAACUAGGUUUUUCAACCGGGACACGGACUCGCCGUAUCCUCUGUGGAGGCUGAAGACACCAGAUGACCAUGAAGCAGAGACGGGGAUUAAGUCAAAAGAAGCAAGGAAGUACAUUUUCAACUGUUUAGAUGACAUGGCCCAGGUGAACAUGACAACAGAUUUGGAAGGGAGUGACAUGUUGGUGGAGAAGGCAGACCGGCGGGAGUUCAUCGACCUGCUGAAGAAGAUGCUGACCAUAGAUGCCGAUAAGAGAAUCACUCCAAUCGAGACCCUAAACCACCCCUUCGUCACCAUGACGCACUUACUCGACUUUCCCCACAGCACACACGUCAAAUCAUGUUUCCAGAACAUGGAGAUUUGCAAGCGUCGGGUGAACAUGUAUGACACGGUGAACCAGAGCAAAACCCCUUUCAUCACGCAUGUGGCCCCCAGCACAUCCACCAACCUGACCAUGACCUUCAACAACCAGCUGAACACUGUCCACAACCAGGCUCCCACCUCCACCAGUGCCACUCUUUCCCUAGCCAAUCCCGAGGUCUCCAUACUAAACUACCAAUCUGCACUCUGCCAGCCCUCAGCGGCAUCCAUGGCCGCGGUGGCCCAGCGGAGCAUGCCCCUGCAGACGGGAGCCGCCCAGAUCUGCGCUCGGCCCGACCCCUUCCAGCAAGCACUCAUCGUGUGUCCACCCGGCUUCCAAGGAUUGCAGGCCUCUCCCUCUAAACAUGCUGGCUACUCUGUGCGAAUGGAAAAUGCCGUUCCCAUCGUCACUCAAGCCCCAGGAGCUCAGCCUCUUCAAAUCCAACCAGGUCUGCUUGCCCAGCAGGCCUGGCCAAGUGGGACCCAGCAGAUCCUGCUUCCCCCGGCGUGGCAACAGCUGACCGGCGUGGCCACGCACACUUCGGUGCAGCACGCAACUGUGAUUCCUGAGACCAUGGCCGGCACCCAGCAGCUGGCCGACUGGAGGAACACGCAUGCUCAUGGCAGCCAUUACAAUCCCAUCAUGCAGCAGCCUGCAUUGUUGACUGGUCAUGUGACCCUUCCAGCAGCUCAACCCUUAAAUGUGGGCGUGGCCCACGUGAUGCGGCAGCAACCUACCAGCACCACCUCCUCCCGGAAGAAUAAGCAACACCAGUCCUCUGCGAGAAACGUCUCCACCUGUGAGGUGUCCUCCUCCCAGGCCGUCAGCUCCCCGCAGCGGUCCAAGCGCGUCAAGGAGAACACGCCGCCGCGCUGCGCCCUGGUGCACAGCAGCCCCGCCUGCAGCUCGUCCGUCACGUGCGGCUGGGGCGACGGGGCCUCCAGCACCACCAGGGAGCGGCAGCGGCAGACGAUCGUCAUCCCCGACACCCCCAGCCCCACGGUCAGCGUCAUCACCAUCAGCAGCGACACGGACGAGGAGGAGGAGCAAAAGCACGCCCCCACCAGCACUGUCUCCAAGCAGAGAAAAAAUGUCAUCAGCUGUGUCACGGUCCAUGACUCUCCCUACUCCGACUCCUCUAGCAACACCAGCCCCUACUCCGUGCAGCACCGCGCCGGGCACAACGCCACCACCUUCGACACCAAGGGGAGCCUGGAGCCGCAUUGCACGGGGAACCCGCGGACCAUCAUCGUGCCCCCCCUGAAAACCCAGGCCAGCGAGGUGCUGGUGGAGUGUGACAGCCUGGGGCCAGUCAACACCAGUCACCAUUCGUCCUCCUUCAAGUCCAAGUCCUCCAGCAACGUGACCUCCACCAGCGGUCACUCUUCAGGGAGCUCGUCUGGAGCGAUUGCUUACCGGCAGCAGCGGCCAGGACCACACUUCCAGCAGCAGCAGCCUCUCAAUCUCAGCCAGGCUCAACAGCACAUCGCCGCCGACCGUACCGGGAGCCACCGACGGCAGCAGGCCUACAUCACUCCCACGAUGGCCCAGGCUCCAUACUCCUUCCCGCACAACAGCCCCAGCCACGGCACUGUGCACCCCCACCUGGCCGCUGCUGCCGCCGCCGCCCACCUCCCCGCCCAGCCCCACCUCUACACCUACACGGCGCCCGCGGCCCUGGGCUCCACGGGCACCGUGGCCCACCUGGUGGCCUCCCAAGGCUCGGCGCGUCACACCGUGCAGCACACUGCCUACCCGGCCAGCAUCGUCCACCAGGUCCCCGUGAGCAUGGGUCCCCGGGUCCUGCCCUCACCCACCAUCCACCCGAGUCAGUAUCCAGCCCAGUUUGCCCACCAGACCUACAUCAGCGCCUCUCCAGCCUCCACAGUCUACACUGGAUACCCACUGAGCCCGGCCAAGGUCAACCAGUACCCUUACAUAUAAACACUGGAAGGGGAGGGGACGGGAGGGAGGAUGGCCAGAGGGAGAGGAGGAGGGAUGGAGGGGGGAGCUGGGGCUUUUGUACUGAAGAUGCCGCACAGAAACAAUGCAAACGGGCAGGGGUGGGGGGCAGGGGGCAGGGACGGGACACAGAUGAAACUUGAACUAGGAAGUAGGAGGACUGAGAGCGGAGGAGAGAACAUUUUGAAAAGGAAGGGAUUUAAGGAGGGGGGAAAAUCUAUGCUUUUUAUUUUAAAAAAGAAAAAGGAAAAAAAAAUAAAAAUAAAACGUCAGUAACAAAACAACCACAGCUCACGAACCCGUUCUGCACCAAACUGGAAAGAAGGAGAAGAAGAAGAGCCAUGGAAGAGUCCAGAAGUAGGGGGAGGGGGGCCUCCGUUUUUGAAGAACUUUAUGAACUUUUCAAAGGUUAUUUUCCUAUGGCAGCAAGUGACGUUUAAGAAUUUGCUGUCAGGGACACCUGAUAUGGAAAUCCAAUAGAUUUUUAAUAAUUGAACGUAGGAUUAGGGAUUUUUCCAGAACUCUAAAGGGUCAACAACCCUCUAGAAAGCUCAGGCCGUGGCCUGAGGAGGCUAGUGCCUGGGGGUUGGGCCAGGGUUGGGGAGCCUGGUUCUGGCCCACUUGCCGGGACCGAUGGGAAGGGCAGGUGGCUGGGCUGAAGGAGGACCCCGGGAGAGGGUGUGUUUUCUCUUUCUGAGCACUCUGGAUAAAUCCCUAAGCAAUGAUAUUCCUCAAAUGUCAUUAAUGAUGUGUGUUGCAAAUUCUCGCUUUUUUUUUUUUUUUUUGGUCUUUUCUGAAGACAUCUUUUCUCUUUGAGUGCAUCCCGCAUCUCGUAGCGUAGGGCUCGCGGCGUGCCAGCACCCUGGUAAAUGUAGCAAUGUGCACCUGUCUGUGCUGCUUUGUGUUCACCCCACUGAUACCAAUAGACUAUCCUCACUGUAAUUGCACAAGAAAGGCGAUCUCACGCAGGCACGUCCCCCACGCGGUGGUCCAGGUGCGCCCUCCCGUCCCCGGCACCGCCUCCGGCUCUCGCAGACUUGGUUUUUACAUCCUUCCCUCCUAGUGCCUUAGCGACCGGGGAUGCGCUUGAGGGUUUACUUCCACGGUACUCCAAGAAGCCGGCUGAGGCGAGUCUCAACCUCUCAGCCCUUCUUCUGUGCUGUUGCAACAUUUUACUCUGGUCUUUUACUUUUUUUUUAAAAUUUUUAUCUUAAUAAUCUAUUGUCUUUCCCCGGGCUGUUUGCUAGCAGAAGAGUGUCAGGGAACUGGCAGGGGCUAGGAGAGCCAGUGGGUGUGGAGGGGACUGCGGGAGGUGGAUGGUGGUGGGUGAGGCUGACGCUGGAGAUGGCUCGGCAUGGCUUUUCCCUGGUGGACAAAGCAAGAGAAACUGACUCCCCACCCUGCACCCUCACCCAGUUCUGCCCCCAGCAGGCUAGCUCUGCCGUCUGUGGGACCACAGGUCCCAUCUCAGUUUCAGGAAUGUUGGCCUUGAGAGGAACGGCCUGCGGCCUCCAGGCCCGGCACUGGUUUUGGGUUGGUCGCCCGCAAUCGGCAGGGCGGAGAGCAGGCCUGCUCGCCCCGUGUUCUCAGACCCGCCCCACACUCCACUCCGCCAGCCCUGCCCAUCUGGCCUCUGCUUCCACCCUCCCACCCCACCCAGGCUGUGUUUUGCUCUCAACCAUUUUGCCAGAUUCCUUUCUCUGUAGAUAACCGCCAACCGUCAUUUGCUGCUAAAUCUUUACUCGCGUUACCCAGGCCUACCCCAGGCAUGCCUUCGUUUCUGGUCUUUGAGGGUUCUGGUGGGCAGAAGGCUGGAGGGACACUCACGAGGGUGAGCCAGUGAUCUUGGACCGCCCUUGGGAAAACACACCCAUGGGCAGUCAAGUUUCCAAGGAAGUUUGUCAUUUGCCUUCUGUGCAUCGUUGAUAAUGUUCUGGAAAUUUCCUCAGACUUUGAACACUGGUGGGGGUGGGGGUGGAGAGGCCUCUCUUAUUCAUAGCAAAUUACUGUUACACACGAAAACGUUGGGAGGUGCUGACUGGUCCCAGACGGGAUCUUUAACUGUGGGCCUCAUUGUUUGAUGCUUGAUGCGUAGCCCCUGACCCCAAAGCCAAGUUUCCAAGGUGCAGAAGGAUCGCUCCCAGUUUCGGACAGCAGUCCACACCCACCCUCCCUCACUUUCCUUCCCCAUCCUGCGGUCUCCCUUAACGAUCUACUGUGAAAGGUGUUUUUAAUCUUGAUAUCUGACCUAAUUCAGUAACGAAGCCCAGCCCUUACCUUAGCUCUUAGCUGUGAAAUGUGAAAUAACUCUGGACAUAACCCCUCUCCAGGCAUCAAUUCUACUUAUCCUACAAAGAAAUCGGUCCCCAGGUUGGAACCAGCUUAUUCCCGGCCUCAGCCCGGAAGGGAGGAAGGACCCCGUGUCCGCCGGGGAGUCGCCUGCGGCAGGACACGACGGUGUCCUCCCGGUACCACACUCAAUGCGUCUUUUAUCUGGACGUGGGGAAGUGCCGCCAUUCCGAGACAACCGGAAAGUGGUCCAUGGGGGUGGGGGUGGGGAAUGUGCCGGAGGACACGUGAGCCCGAGCACUCACGGAGCCACACCUGCCUGCAGACCCAUCCCUCUUCUGGCCUCGCGGCAUCCAGAGGGCAGCAAUGCCCCGUCCGACCCUCCCCGUGCCCAGUCGCACAAGUCAUGGCUGCAGACGAGCCAGCGUUUUUGCCUUAUUGGGUAGCAUACUGGACCCCUGGUACUGUUCAUUUCCAGCGCUUUUUAGAUCUGAUCUUUUAACAGGAAAGGACAACAUAGCCUUCCAUUUUAAUGAAAAUUAUUUUGUCUACUUAAGUUGGAAGUUACUCUUUCACCUGACAUUUUCUUUCCUUUCCUUCCUGAUCAGGAAAUGAAAGUUUCAUGCUGCUCAUAAAGAUAAUAUUAUUGUACUAAUUAUUUUGGUUAUUAACCUUUGUAAUUAUUAUCCUAAUCAUCAUUUUGAUAUUUUAGUUGGGGUUUUAAAGUGCACAUUUAUUCCAAGUAUCUUUGUGUUUUCUCUUUAAUAUUUAAAUUUAUUUUAUUAUAUCUGUGAGUAUCUGAGUAGACAGGAGGGACAUCCAGAUGUCCAGUUUUGUCAGACCAAAAAGAAAAGAAGGAAGGAUUCAGGAGUCAGGAAAAAGCUGUCAAGAAUGAUCCACCAGAUAACAAAAGUCUGAAGAAGAAGUAAAGCCUUUAUCUCUCUGUAAGCCAACUUGGGCUCUGGACAGCAUGGUCCGUGGUCACCAUCAAGACUGGAUUUUUCUAGACUCUCAGUGGCCUGGGAGGAGAUCUGAGGAGGCAUCUUGGAGGCUGAACCCUCAGCAUGGUCCUCUCUGACCUUCCCUGCACUUCUGAAAUCUGCUAAAUAGACCCUGGCCCUGCCUCACAUCUGAUACUGACCUGUCAAGGAAAAAAAAAAAGCCCCUCUGCCCAGAGCUGAUCCAGCCCCCUCCCUUAAAGUCCCCCCUUUUCCCAUCAGCCCACCAGAAGUGUGGCUUAUACCCUUCAGUGUAUAGAUAAUGUUACCUCCUAGAAGCCACUGGAGGUAACAAGCUGGUGGAAGGUGCUUAGGCAGGUGGUGCCUUCCCCUGGGAGAUGUCAGCCUCCCUGCCCCUCACAAACUGCACUGCCUGCUUCUUCGGUCCCUGCCCCCACCCAGUACAUCUCAGCACACAAUUCUAGGGAAAAACUGUGGAGCAGAAAAAGUAAUAAUAAAUAAAAGAGGGAUAAUAGGAGACCAAAGGAGCACUGACCAUGUCCGGCAGGUCCUCAGACAAUGCGGGCUGCUGCCCCCCUGAACUCAUUGGCCAGUGGAGGGGCACAGUGGGGCCUUACAGCCAUGCCCACUGGGCUCCGACUAUGCCCUUCAGUCUACCGUGCUGGGUGCCAUGGGCUUUUAAAGUCAGCUUGAGGUGCCCACACGCUGCCCACCGAACCCAGAAACUACCAAGCCCCAGGUGGGUGAAGGAAGGCCUGGAAUGACGGGCUUCACUGAAGCUAAUGAAGGGAGACGCCAGGCCGUGCCCAGCCCCCAACCGCUCAGCGAACAUUAGUAUCCUCCCCGCAUCCCCACCUCCCUUUUUCUUCCAACCCAAGCACAAAGCUGUGGCUCUGAAGCCCUCGGAGAAGACCCUAGUGGUAGAGGCAAGCCCCUCCGUGGGUUCACUUAGCAGCUGCUUGAGCUCCCACCCCACCCUCCAACCCUGAGUUGCCCUGGCAGGUAGGCUGAAUAAAGGCUGCCCAUCCCCAGGACCCAGCUCUCAAGUGAAGAGAUGCCAACCUAGUCUUCAUGUAGACCACAAAUAACCUAGAACAUCAUCUGCCCUGGAAUUGGCUCCAUCCUUCUUUACUGAAGCAACGUGGUUACGUUGCCUCAGGGGCAGACUGAAAAAAAAAGGUCAAGGGGAGCCUAGUAACCGGAGCCCUGGGAACCACAGGCUGAUUUGCUUCUGCUCGGCAGAGCCGCGCGGACCCCUCUGGGUGUUUGCACCGCUGUCUGCUUUUAGUGCCUCCUUUCAGGAUGUUUUGGCUGUUUCCAAGGGAAGGGUGAGCAGGCCGAUGGGUGGGAGAGUCUGAGGCUUGGUGCCAAUAAAUACUGUGAAGUGGAGCAUGUGGUUGGUCGAAUUCAGAGGGAAAGGAAGGGUUGGUUGUCUCCUGGACUGUCUUUGCAUUCUGGCCUUAAUGGUGGUAAGUGGCUGGCGGGCUGCAGGAGCCAGAAGACUCAACCUGCCCAGACACCAGACUGUGGGAUGUAAGGAAGGCAAGGAAAGAUCAGCCCAGCUGCUAACAGGCAGAUUUCCCUCAACCAGAUCUCUGGAAUUGCAGACACUCAUUUUUGAACAAGCUCGUGCUGGAGGAUUUGGGUUGUGUGAGUGUGUGUGAGUGAGUGGAGCAGACUUUCUUGGAAACUGGAGGAAGGAGAUGAGGAGGCUUAAGGAACUAUUGCUGAUGGGCUGUGGUUGAUGAAACGUGGGUUGACGGGUCGGCCCCAGCUUUAUCCCGGGUUCUCUGGUGCUGGGGGCGGGGUGGGAUGUGGGGCUCUCCAUGGCCUGUUAAGUAGCUGCGGGGACAGAGAACAGAAGAGAAAAACAAGGUGCUCUCCAGCAGCAGAGAGGCCAGGGCUCCUUCUGCAGGUCGCAGAACUCGCCCGGCGCUGCUCAACACCAGCCCAAGCAAUUCUGCCGUGAAAUAUUCCAGCCCCAGGGACCCCAGUUGCUUCUUGCCCCUUCUCUGUGUUUUCUUUCUGGUGUGUCUUAGAGAUUUCAGAUGGGGAAGCCUCAGAGUUGAGCAAGCCAGAGCUGUCCUAACCAAAUUGGAAAGGAAGGUGAAAGUGUCCUUUCUUUAGCCAAAGACCCUCUCCUCAAAGACACCCCCAGAUGUGGACAGAAUGGCAUUCCUCUCUCCUUCCUCUCCCGGCAAUAAUGACUCUGUCAGUGAUGCGAUCCCGUUUAUGUCCUUCUCUUGCUUUCUGUUGCCUGACUUGUUUCAGGUUUUUUGUUUUUGCCUUUAUUUCAAAACUGUGCUCUUCUUGUAAGUGGAGAGGAGGUUUUGUAACCCCCAAAUGCUGCUGCUGUUGGGAAACUGGAGGUACCGCAUGGAUCUGUGGGUGGAACUCACCCCGAGUUACCUCGGGUAUCGGCUGGAGCAGACCAGCCAGGAGGUGCAGCUCUAUCCGGGUCAGGUACGCACCAGGGCCAGGCUCAGAGGGUCAGUGUUUUUCCACUUCAAUGCCUUAGGACUCUCACUUCUGAGUUCCACAGAUGGGACUCAGUGAAGAGUUGGAGAUGGCAAACUGAUCUUUAAAGGCAGUAGAAACCCCUUGAAGGCUUUUGGCACCCUCGCUCACUCGAGCAACCCAACCUAGGAGAGGUUUUUCCCAUCCUUCUGGCAGCUCCCAGAAGUCCAAGAGAGCCAGCUCUGAACCAGUUCUUCAUUUGAGACUCAGUGAGAAUCUUCAGAGAAGCGACCCUUCUGCGGGGCAUGCUUUCUCAGGGUACCUCUGCCAGAAGGGACCUUCCUGAUGCCCCAGCUUGAGUCCCAGGAACCUCUGUGAGCCCCUAAUUGCACUCUCAUUGCAUUAGAAUUUCACAUUGAUUGUCUCUCUGUUAAAACUUGCCAUGUCCCUCAAGUAGGAGCCCACAUUUGUUGAAUGCUUUCAAUACACCAGGCUCAUCCCAAGCCCUUAGUGAGCACGGCCUCCCGGUACCCUCAGGCCCACCCCCAUUCACAACACCCCUCUCCCCCAUUUACAGAGGAGGGAGUUGAUGAGACAGUCGACUCUCUGAGAAACUAGGCUGUGUUAAGGAAAGGAAAUACAAGGAUUUGGGGGUGACCCCAAAUCCCCAAGCUUCUAGUGAAAUGUUGUGUUCUUAAGACCUUUACUAACUGAAUUUGUUUCACUUGUUAAAUAAUCAUCAGUGAGUGGCCUCGUGUUUCUGGUGAACCAUCGAAUGAUGCUCCCAUUGACUGUGUGCCAGACACUGUGCUGGAAGUCGCUCCUGUUUAUCCCGUUUCAUUUCAUCUUCAUAACAGCCCUAUGAAACUGGCAGUACCGGUCUACAGAUGAGGCAGACGGCUUGGUGAACUGGUAACCAGCCCAGAGUCACACAAGCCAGUUGGGGAGGCCGGCCAUGACUUGGGUUGCCCAGCUCACAGACUCCAGCCUCAGCUGUCUCCUGGGUUUAUGUGCAAAGAAGGGCCUCAAAGGAGCGUUGCCCCAUACCACCACCCUGCACGUGGAGCUCAGCAGAAGGUCUGUGUGUAGAGGGGGUCCUGAAUCUGAUGCAGGCAGCAAAGGCAGAAUUAGCUUGACUUUUAGAGAAAAUCUUAGGGGAGUUUCUUUUGAUUAAUCAUAGUAGAGUUCAUUUUUUAUUUCUUUUCAGUGUACCAACUAGCUUUAGUAGUGCUGCUGCUACAACAAACUCUUGUAAGAGUGAAGAAAAAAAAAGUGUUCUUUUUCUUCUUUUAAAAAAAUAUUUUUUUCUUGCUUAUAGUUAAUUCUAGAAAGGCAAUACUAAAAGUAUAUAUUUUUUUCAAAAUACUAUUUUUUACUGCACUGAUAAAUAUCAUAACGACUCUGGUCUCUGUAAUCGAUCCACUCUUCAGCUCUGGGUAGAACCAAAGGCAGGAUUCACACCAAAAUUUGUAAAUAUCAUGUGUGAGUCUGGUGUCCAGGAACUGUUUUUUCUUUGUGUUUAAAAAAUUUUUUAAAAAGGAAAAAAAAAAAAGGAGAGAGACAAGAUCAAGAUGAUGUUUAGAAAGAGGAACAAAAUUAAGUUUUCUUUCAAGAUAGCCUUCUCAAAGAAAUGGGAAGCAACCGUUGUGCAAACUGAAGAAAAAUUAGCCAACUUUCAGGAUACAAGGAAGGAGAGCCUCUGGCUGAGGUGGGAGAUUAACAGUAACAUAGAAGCAUGUUUCCUUUGGCUGGAAGGUGGCAAGAAUUUAGCAAUGCUUUAGGACUAGAUUUUUAAUUUUGUGGAAAACCAUUACCAUUUGUUACGGAAUAUCUCUGCAGUUGUUUGGAAUGGGGUUUUCAGUUUUUUUUUUUCCUUUAAAAACUUCCUUAUUGACUGGCUCCAGGCAUGUUUGCCUAAAUCCUUAGGUAGUUUACGCAAGUUCUAGAGUCUUCUAGAGCUUUAAUUCCAUUGGAAGCAACCCAGCUAAUCAGAAUUUGAGAUCCUGGUUGGUUUGAAUAGGUAUUCUGGAAUUCUGACAGAACACCUGAAGACUUUUUAUUUAUUUUUUUUUUUUUGUAAGAAGGUUUUAGAUACGUUACCUUACACAAACUGUGACCUGAUGGCAAUAAUUACCUCAAAUGUGGGCAUUCAUCCUGGUUUUAGCCUUUUUUGAAAUCAUGUAGCCAGCUUGCUCUUGGAAUUUAAAAGACUCUGAACUCCGUGUGGGCUGAAAAUAACGAUUACUACACACCUUGGUCAUUGUUGCUUAAGUGAACUCUGAAAAUAGGUAAUCUUUACAACAGAAAUUAAACCAAGGGAGAGAGUAUUCUUUGUGUUUUGUAAUCAAAUGUGAUUUUCAAAUGCACAUGUUUAAGUAUAUAUGUUUUUAGCUACUGUAAAAUGCUGUUAGCCUUCUAAGAUAUCAAGAGAGUCACGUUUUAAAUGCAUAAACUAUCAACAAUUGACUGUGGAUAACUAAACAUAUUUCUGGCCACGUUUUAUAGUUAAAGUAUUUUAUAGUUUACAUUUAAACUGGUACUUUUUAAAGAAAAUUUCUGUUUAUAACUGACAUCUUCAGACCCCAGCAAUUGCCUCUUCAGUUGGAGGCCACAUUCCCCCAAGGCAGGUGUGUUCUGCCCCUACUGUAGCCCACCAUGAGCGUGUCCAUCCGUAGUGCUGGUUUCCAUGGGAACUUGAGAGAAUGAGCAGGAAGAGGUGAGUCCACAGCCUGGGCCAGGUGCAAAGAUCUGCCACGUGGUAUGCACACUGGUGGUCAAGGCCUUCUCUUUGACAUCUUGGAAGAGGCAGAGAGAAUAGACAUCUGGUUCAUUAAUUUUGUCUUGAUUUGAAUGUUUAAUUUAUUAAUCGACCCACUGACUUCCAGGCACCAGGCAGUAGAAGACACUGGGAUUCAGGUGGCCCCGAAGGUACAGCUGCUAUUUCUGGGGCCCCAGCAAUACUCUGAUUGGUGUUUUGCAGGGGAGAGUCAUACAUCCCCGUUCCUAUUUUUACUGGUGGGUUUUCCAUAUAUCUGCUGUCAUUUAUUCCUUUUGUCCUUUAAAACAAAGUAAGUGUAAAAUUAUAUGUUUACUUUUUACUCUUUGUCAAACUUCUGUUUGAAGCCUAGGUCAUUAGGAGGUGGGAUCUAGAUUUUUUUUUUUUUUAACAGCUCAGAGUUUUAUUCAGUAAACAGAGGGUAGGUAGUACAUCCUCCAGGUGUGAGGGCAGGCCAACCCCAAAGGAGAGGCCUAGACUUUUUUUUCUAGAGAUUGUAAGUGCUGCUGAGCAGGCGGAAGGGACUGGAGACUGAGGGGCAGCUAGAGGGUCAGAUGAUGAGAUCUAUCCAAGUAGAGGUCACAAUUGAGAGGGCCCAUUGCCAUGCAGAAGCAGCCUGGAGGGCACUGGUUGCCCUAAGUGUUUUGGUUCAUUUCUUCUUUUGUGCCACAACCUUAGCACAGAGGACCUGCUGUGAUCUGAAGGGCGUUCCUUUAGCAAAUAACCCCUUAAGAACUGCAAAACACCUGGGACCAGGGAACUGCGUGGUGGUUCUUAAUGCACUUGCUUUUCCCCUGUGAACUCUGUUGAUAGCAUGUUCUUAUCACAGUAUUCGGUUGGAAAUAUCACUGGAAAAUAUUUUUUGUCUUGCCCCUCGUAAUUCAACUAUCACUUUCCUCUGUUUGGUUUUCUCCCUGUGAUUUAAAUAACCAAAUAUAUUUUAUGUCAUUGUCUUUGGGGCUUAAUCAUAUUUUUUAAAAAACAGAGGAAUAGAAAUUGGCUUUUUUUUUUUUUUUAAGUAAAUAUGCUAUAUCUGAAAAAAGGGCUCUGCCUUCUCUCUCCUUUCCUUUCAGCCUGCCUCCACUCCAACCUCCCAGCACCCUUGCCCGCUUCUUGUGUUGGGUCACUGCUCCCCCCAUCGCCCCCACACGUGGCCACCUUGGCCUCCGCCCUGCUGUCCCCACAGGCCCAUCCAUGCCCAGGCACCCAGGACUCCCAGGAAGCUCUCAAGAGCCAGGAAGAAGGACCCACCCAGCCUUGCCAGUGGUGGUCUUGCCUCCCUGUUAGAUAUUCGCCUGCUUGGUUGAGGGGCAAUGGAUUUAUUUUUAUUAUUAUUUUAAUAGUUUGGCUCAGGUUAUAAGGAAGAACUUGGGAAAUGGAAAGUGACUUGACCAUGCCCAUCCUUCGUAGCUUUCUGUGACUUCUGAAUGGAACCUAAAGCGUGCCCCACCCCAGCUCCCUCUCCUCCCUUCCGGCAGAUAAUCCUGUAGACCGCCUCCGCGGCACGUGGUUUCUCCCUGCCGUCUCAUCCUUCCCGUCACUUUCCACCCUUUCACCGUUGCGUUACUGCUCCUUUAAAGCUUUCUCCCAUGGCUUUUACAGGGCACAAUCAUUUCUGGCCCCCAAAGCACCUCCUCAUCCUCUUUGUGUGCGUUUCUUUAACCAAAUGAAGUAGACCCGGAAGUCAUACUUUGGGGCGGUAGGAUUUCUAGUCUAGGAGAAUCACUGUAUAGAUAAUAGAUGUUGAUAUAUAUGUGUGUGUAUAUAUAUAUCAAACCAAAUUUCGGAUAGGAAAAGUAUAGCUUUAUGGAUGAGGAAGGAGAGGAGCUUUUGGAAGCUGGUUGGUAUAUCAGAGGAGCCGGGGAUGGCCCAGGCUGCACCAUCGCACGGGGACUGGAAAAGCAGGAUGCGGGGGACCCGGGCACCGCCUCGGGCUGCAGUGGAGGCAGGUGGCCCCGAAGGGUACUGCUGCUCUCUCUGGGUCCCCAGUGACAGGGAAAAGAUGAGUGUUGGGGGAGCGGGGAGGGGGGCGGGUACAACACAUCAGAAUGACUGGAAUUUUCCAUCCCGUUUUGCUUUGACCACAUGUACUGAGCUGCAGCCUCUGAUAUUAUACCCCGUUUCCAAAAAUGGUAUCCGUUAGGAUGGAAAGAGAAGGCAUCUGUAGAAAUGUUUACCUUUCAACUGCCCGCACAUCAGGACACUCUGGAUAGAAAGACAAACUCCCCAGAAAGAGCAGGGAAGAGGAGAUCCGGUGAGGCUCGGUCACCGGUCCAAGGAACGUGGCUCCUCCCCAGGGCCAUCUCGCCCAGAUCUUCUUUACCAGGUCAUCUCAGCUCAAUUACCCUAUGGAAGCCCUGGUCUGUUGUGUUCCUUCACUGUACGGUUUCUGUAAUGAAAAAAAAAAAAAGUGUUAAUCCAUGUUAAUCUUUGUGAAAAUUAUUGCGUGCAACAGUAUUUUCUCGUGUACCUCUUUUUCCUAUGUGAAUUGUCCCUCUUUUCUUUUUUUAUUUAUAAAUGUCUACUUUUUUUAAGAAAAGACAAACCAAUGUGUUGUAGGCCUAUAUGUAACCUAUUCCUUAGUCUCAUAUUAUAGGUAUGUUAUAAGAAUGGAUAUUUUACUUGGCUUUAGAAUGUUUUACAAGAAAAAUAAUUCUUAACUGAUCAAGUCCUUGCUACUAAAAUGCUUGUGUUUUUCAUCAUGACGUCGUGUGCUUCUAAAUUAAUGAUCAUUUUCGUUGUAGAAAAAUGGAGUGAAUUUAUAUUAGUCUUGGAAACUAAUAAUAGCAUUGUAAAUUUAUGAGAUGAUUUUAACAGAAAAAAAUUAUAGAAGAAUAUAGUUAUUUUAAUUGUAAUAUUACUAACUGUAGGGUGAGAAAGGGGGGGUCCCGUUGUGGUGAACUAUGUUAUAGCUUGUUACUCACAGUUUCUUUUUGAUCAUUUUUUCGGUCUCUGAGGUGAAACGAGUUAUUAAUUAAAAUUUGUAAACUCACAUAUGCAUAUUGUAUAUGUGUAGAAAUGUAAUCACACUUUGUCUUGGAAUUACAUUAAACUGUUUGGAAUCACUGUA